CAGGCUCAAGACUGCACUGCAAGCUACCUUAGGGAGGACAUCCGACAGGGCUUUCAUUUCUUUCUUUUUCAAGCAAAGCGAGAGGUAGAAGGGGGCAGCAAGGCGCAACUUUGGGGGCGCGUCCCCGCGGCACUUCCUUGCAAGAAACACACACUCAGCACAUGAGUAGGAAGAAGAGAUAGAAAGGUCCCCGAAAGGUCGUAGCGAAGAGGAGGAAGCUACUCAGCUUUUGAAGAGGUGAAAAGUUGCCGCCGGAGACUCAGAGCGCACAGCUCGACAAGCUCAGUUGAAGGGGCUCAUAAUAGUGGACAAAAUAGAGUUUAUGACGUCAGUUUGCGGAUUUUAAAACCCUAAGUUUUGUACGAAAAUAUCGUAGUCGAAUUACCUCCGGGCGUAGGAUGACGUAUCUCUUCGCUUUUGGGAAUUAUGACGUCAGCAUUUGAGAGAGUUUGGAGGCACUAGAAGGGAGGGACUUUGGCCUGGUUGAGAGCCAGCGAAUGUAACCCAUGACGUUCAUGAUGAUCAAGAGCAAGGGCGUAAGGGGUGUAAGGAGUACCUGAACUGGAGAGGAAUUGCCAACAGGAUUCGAGAACAGAAGACAACUGGAGGAAGCAGGAAAUGAAGGAAGGUUACUUGCUCAAACGCAGCGACACUUUGAAAAGAUGGCGAAAGCGCUGGUUUCGUCUGGAUAACAAGAAUGGGCGGCUUCUUUAUAAGGAGAGUAAAGACGAUAAGGUUUUGAAAGGAUAUUUUCCGCUUGUUGAUGUCUCUGUGGGGCCCCUGCAAUCACCCUCAAGGCAUGUGGAUUACUUCUGUUUCUACGUGCGGAGCUCCUCCGUGUCCCUCGUUCUAGCUGCGGAGAGUGUGGAUGUUGCCAACCGGUGGAUGGAAUGCAUUGCAGUGGCAGCAGCAAGUGCGUCGCUGAAGGCCUCCGCAUGGCGCAACAGCAGCGUGCCCGAGACCAGCCCUGUACUUCAGCGCGGUGCGAGCAGAGCACCAGAUCUGGGGAGGGGCCAAAGUGCGCAGUUGACGCAGAGCCCUGUUCCUCAAAGUCCUUUGGGCACUCGCGCGUCGACGCGUUCCGAGUGUGUCCUUGCAACCAAUCCUCGGGCAACUCCCCUUUCAAGCCAGCAAAAGCCACAAGAAGACGCAGGAAUGGCGCAGCAGCUUUCACAGCCUGCGCAUGUGCUUCAAAGAAACGAUUCUUCAGGGGACUCCUCAACAGUGGUAGAAGCCUCACCGCAAGUGGUUCCGACCAGUCUUAGAGAGCUGGACAUGGACAUCGCCUCGUGGUUGCCAGGCUCCGUUCCCGAUGACAGCAGCUUGGAAACACCGUUUGAGACUCCGCUUUCAUCAGGAGAGACGUCCCCUGCCACCCCCCCUCCUUUACUUCCGACCUCAGGCAGCCUGGAGCAGGCAACUGGUGCGAGUGUCAACUGCGAAGGGCACCAGCAAACCUCAGCGGAGGAGCGGACGGAGCCUAGAGAAGUAUUGAGGGAGGUUCGAGUUGUCAUACAUCCCGAUCCACCAGAAGCGAGCCCUUUGAACCGCCGGACUAGCUUUCAAAGUGGCGAGACAACAGACCCAGGACCAGUAGACCACAGCUUGUUUCAAAGCUUAGAUGCGGCGUGUCCUGGGAUUGCGCUGGCUCGGGAGACGUCAGGGGAGUCGGAUGUUGGAACCGCCGACGAGGACAGCUUCCAAUUCCAUGCCCCACAUGCGAGUUCCAGUUCCAGCACGGACUAUGGCAGGCACAUAGGGCCGCCCUUUGGGUGGGCCAAUGCGACGCCCCGCUUUGCCUCCCAGCGCUCCACACCCCGUGCCCGGCCCCAAUCGUUCUUCCCCAGCCCCCGCAAACCGGGGCCCAAGCAAGGACAGCUGGGGCGGGGAGCUGGCCCUGCUGUCUCCGGCAGAAGCGGGCUGGGUUCCGGGCCGCCUUCUUCUUCAGCGGACCUGCACAAGCUGUCCAAGAGCCAGCUCAUUUCCAUGCUGCAAAUGGCAAGGGAUGCUGCGGCCGCCAAAGAGGAGCAGCUGGCGUUGAUGCAGUCUGUUGCGCAAAUCGAUGCCCGCGAGCUGGCCAAAGCGAUGAAGCAGGCGGAGGAGAGUGCGGCGCAGGCGCAGGCAGCGCUCGCCAGGCACCAGGAGCAGGCCCGGAAGGAAGCGGGAGAGCAGCUGGCCAAAGCUGCAGUGGCUUCGGAGAUUGAAGUCAGGCAAGUGAAGGAGGAGCUGGCCGGGCUGAAGAGGGAGCUGGACGGGGAGAGAGCCAACAGAGAACGCUUGCAGAAUGAGGUGCGAGAGUUGGAGGCGGAGUUGCUGAAACAUGCACGGAGCGCUGCUUUGUCAGCAGCUCAGUGCAAAGAGCUCAAGAAGCACGAAGCUCGCUGCAAGGACCUUGAGGCUCGGUUGGCCUCCUUAAGUACUCAAGUACAUGGGACAGAAACGGCUCUCCUGAAACCUUUUUGGUAGCUGCGUUUGGUAGGGUUGUUGUGGUGAUACACGAACAAUAGCAUCACAACAAACACAACGAGCACGACAAAACGUCGUCAAUGUUGGCACUCCUACCGCAACUCCAACGAUUGCGGCAGUCGGGAAUAAGGUAGAUUGACAGUGCACCCAACAAAGUCCUUUAAUUGCAUGGGCGGAUGGAGGUAAGCUCUGAGUAUAAGCACAUCAUGCUUCAAAGCUUUCAAGGGCCGUAACCUCAUGCUGUUUAUAUCCUGGCCCGGAUUUUGCCAAAACCACUAUUCAGCUAACCCAAGGUGUGCACUUUUUGCGGCUCUUUUUAAAGGCUUUCGCAUGGCACCAGAACUCAAAAAUUCACUCCCUCCUCUGGAUAGAGCAUACCUAAGACAGUCCAGACGAGGCCUUGCAUGUGUCAAACAAUGCAGGAAGAAGGAGGAGAUAGAACUCCGCCAUUUUCGUAACCUGGCGGAAGCCAUUGACAAUACCCAAAAAGCACACACCAAAUCUUUGUUAAAACCGUCCGAUGGAAGCUCAACGGGGCUUCUGCGGCCGUCCGAUGAAAAGCUCAGUUGGCAAAAUGCGGGCCAGGAUAUAAGUGGCAUGAGAACCAAAGCUUCAAGUAAGGACCAUGUCCUCUGGCUUUCGAGAUUAGUGCUGCAAAGGGGCAGGAAAUGUUCUCGAUCUCCCUCCUCCGCUUGUAGACACAUGUGCGUACGAAGUCGUACGGGUGGUUAGAAACCUCACAUUGAGCUGUGGGCGCAAGUGGCGCGUGUCUGGCAGGAAAGGUCUAGGACACAUCCAUUGCGGUCGAAUCGAUGCCAGUCUUCUCACUCCCUUGAUAUUCAGCGGAUUGCCAAUUUCGUCC